UCGGUUUUUUUUUCAUUUAGUCGAUCUUUGUAAUUAGUUAAUCUUUUUGACAUCAAAUCUAAGGAUUAAACUGCUUUUUACAACCAUCUCUUGAAAUGUCGGACAGAACAAUGGCGCGGCAAGUACUGCUGUUUAUUUGGUUUCUUUCUCUCAGUUCAGCUCUCGGGCAGGUCAGUUACUCUAUUCCUGAAGAAAUGGCGAAAGGCUCUUUAGUCGGUAACAUAGCGCAGGAUUUGGGAUUAGAUUUAAAGAGACUGAAAUCUGGUAAAGCUAGUAUUUAUACAGGAGACAGCGCUGAAUACAUCGAGCUGAAUAAAGACAGAGGAGUCCUCCUUAUCAAAGACAGAAUAGACCGAGAGGCGCUAUGUGGACUGACAACGCCUUGCGCAUUACAUUUACAGAUUACUUUGGAAAAUCCUAUGGAAUUUUAUAGUGUUACAAUUGAAAUUGAAGACGUAAAUGACAAUGCUCCAGUUUUUACAGUUAAGGAAAUGAAAUUUGAUAUCAGUGAAUCGUCUUUGGCAGGAGCUAAAUUUGUUUUAGAAAGAGCUGUAGAUGAUGAUGUUGGUAUCAACGGCGUGCAGAGUUAUUCAUUACACCCCGCUGAUAAUUUUGUCUUAAAUACACAAGAUUUGCCGGAUGGUUCUAAAAAUGUUGAAUUAAUUCUACAAAAGCCCCUCGAUCGAGAAAAACAGGAGCACAUUUCGCUUUUACUUACUGCUGUGGAUGGAGGAGACCCAUCGAUGUCUGGCACAAUGCCGAUUGUUAUCACUGUUGAGGACGCAAAUGAUAACGCGCCAGUUUGCUUCCUACCGGUAUAUAAAACAAGUAUUGCAGAAAAUUCGCCAAAAGGCAUGAUUUUAACUACAGUUAAAGCGUCUGAUGCUGACCAAGGACAAAAUGGUAAAAUUGAAUAUUACAUAUUAAAGUCAUCUGGCGUCGCCUCUAAUCUAUUUGAAAUUGACAAAAAUGAGGGAGUGUUAAGGUUAUCUGGCGACACUGACUACGAGCGAGUUAAGCAUUAUCAGAUUGAUGUUCAAGCGAGAGACCCUGGGCGACACUCUGACACUUGCAAAGUGAUUGUUGAUGUAAUCGAUGUAAAUGACAACAAACCGGUGAUUAAUAUUAUGUCAAAACCAAGCGCUCUUUCAGAAGACUUAAAAGUUGGUACCGUAGUGACAAUGCUGAAUGCGCUAGACUUAGACUCUGGCGAGAAUGGAAAGGUCCAGUGCUCUAUUAAUGACAAUGUACCUUUUACAUUGAAGCCUACAGCUAAUAAUUUCUUUAGUUUAGUAACGGAUGGUGAUUUAGAUCGAGAGAGAGAGGCUGAAUUUAACAUAAUUGUAACGUGCGUUGAUGAGGGCGUGCCCUCUCUGUCCAGCAGCGUCACUCUCUCCUUGCAAAUAUCAGAUGUGAAUGAUAACGCACCUGUUUUUGAGAAAAACUCUUAUGAGGUCUCUUGUCAAGAAAACAACACACCUGGUCUUUAUAUUUUUACAGUCAGAGCCAGAGACGCAGAUUUUAAUCAGAAUGCUCGCGUGUCUUACAUACUGGAGGACUCCUCUGUUAACGGAGUCCCCGUCUCCUCGUUAGUGUCCAUCAGUGCUGAUAGUGGGGUCAUACACGCAGUGCGAUCUCUUGAUUACGAGCAUAUUAAAGAUUUCCAAUUCCGCGUAAAAGCGCAAGAUGGAGGCUCACCUCCACUCAGCAGCAACGUGAGUGUAAGAAUAAUUAUUCUGGAUCAGAAUGACAACGCGCCUCAGGUUUUGUAUCCGGUCCAGUCUGGUGGUUCUGUUGUUUCUGAAAUAGUGCCUCGUUCGGCAGAUGUGGGUUAUCUGGUCACUAAAGUGGUCGCUGUUGAUGUGGACUCUGGACAGAAUGCCUGGCUCUCAUAUAAACUGCAGAAAGCCACAGACAGGGCGCUGUUUGAAGUGGGCUUACAGAAUGGAGAAAUAAGAACUGUGCGUCAGGUGACAGAUAAAGAUGCUGUGAAACAAAGACUCACUGUUGUAGUGGAGGACAACGGACAGCCCUCUCGUUCAGCUACAGUCAAUGUUAACGUGGCGCUGGCGGACAGCUUCACUGAAGUGCUCUCGGAGUUCACUGACUUUACGCACGACAAGGAAUACAACGACAACCUGACUUUUUAUCUAGUCUUGGCUCUGGCCGUGGUUUCGUUUCUCUUUAUCGUGUCUAUCAUCGCCAUACUGUCAGUCAAAUGCUACAGAUGGAGACGCGAGCGGAUGUUUUACAAAUCUGGAGCGAAUCUUCCAGUUAUUCCGUAUUAUCCGCCCCUUUACGCAGACGUAGGGGGCACAGGAACAUUACAGCACGUGUACAAUUAUGAUGUUUGCAGAACCACUGACUCCAGAAAGAGUGAUUUGAAAUUUGUCAGACCUUACAGUGAGAGCAUCAUUAGUCUAGACACCAGCGGAACACAGACACUCACGAAUGCGCAGAGAGAGAAACUGGUUGAGGAUCUUGAUGAUCAGGUAAGAUGA